GUGACGCUAUAUUAGACACGGGUAAUUCUUACAAAAAUCUGUCUGGGAUGUAUUUCACCACUCCAGACAGGGAUAAUGACAGGUGGAGUGAUGGUAACUGUGCUGCUUACUUGAGAGGAGGCUGGUGGUUUAACCAUUGUCACCACGCCUUCCUCAACGGACCCUGGUCCCAGGAGUACUGGGUCAAACCAUGGUACCCCACAUUAUUGGACGGAGGAUGUGAAAGUCAUCGUCGACGUUGUACAUCUACACAAAAGUGCUCAAUUUACACACCUUCAGGACCCCCUUAUUGUGAAUCAUCAAAUUGUGGAAACCUAUAUCGAACAUACACAACUAUAACUCAUUAUGUGGAUAACAACAUAGACAGUACAGCAGAACUUAAAUGUGGAGACCAAUUUCGUCUUUUCGAAAGCAGAGGAAGUAAAUUUGCAGUUUGUAAUGCGAAUGGUUGGUGGGUGAUUUACCUGCAUUGCAUAGCCCCAAAAGACUGCCUUGAAUAUUAUGAGGUACAUGGAGAAAGAACUGACGGAGUGUAUUACAUUAACCCCCAACAGCAAUUCUUUUCACAGAACAUCAUGGUGGCUUGUAAAAUGGCGGAGAAUGAUACGGGAUUGUUAAGAGGAUGGACGGUUAUUCAAGAUUUCAAUAUUCUACCUUCAUAUAACAAAACCUGGAUUGUUUUCCGGUAUGGUAGACCAAAUGAAUGGAUCGGAAAUGAUAAUUUACAUGCUUUGACCUCUGAAGAGUCUAUAGUGAAGAUCAAUUGUACACAUGACGAUCACUUUAACACUACUAUUAUUGGAGUCAAAGUUGAGAGUUAUGCUCAGAAAUAUUCCCUUCAACUAGAUGGCGAAG